CCCCAAGCCCACUCACGCCCCUCUCAGCUCGCGUCGCCUUCUCUCUCUCACGCUCCACGUCUCAUCUCCGUCGUCUCUGGGACCCGGCAUCUUUCCUGCGAGCGCGACGCGCGGCGCCAUGACCGCCGUGGUGGGUGACAGCGCGGCGAUGCGCGGCGACGGCAUGGCCUCGCUGCCCUCGGCCGGCUCGCUGGCCGACCUGGCGCGCGGCUCGCCGGCGGCGGCCGAGUUCCCGCCGCAGCUGCUGCGCGAGUACCUCGAGCUGCUGCUGCCCGUCGUCAUGGCCGCGACGCCCGCCAGCCUGGCGCGCACCAUGUUCGCCGAUGCCGGCGGCCGCGCCACGGGCGAUUGGCGCGGCACGGCGCGGGCGUUCGCCUCGGACCCGAGCAAGAAGACGAUCUACGUCGAGAAGCUGCGGCGGCAGGGCGAGUCGGACUCGGACAGCGGCGUUGAGCUCGACUCAUUCGUCUAUCGCCUGGCAUACGAGCCCUCGUACACGCCGAACCACAUCUCGGCGAUUGCGCUCGUGAAGCGCAUCGACGUACUCGACCCCGAGGUGCCUCUGACGCAGCAGCUCAACCUCAUGUCGCUCUUCGGGCCGGCGUCUGUGUCCGAUGGGCCCGACGUGCGCGACGAAGCAGACGGCCGCGAUGGCGAAGAGGCCAACGGCAAGACCGUGGCGGCAGUGCACGAGUCGCCCUACGAGGCGCUCUACAGCGUGAUGCACAACGUCAUGGUGCCCUGGUUCGACGCGUACGUCACGUCCAAGGCGAGCGACAAGCAGGUCACGGCGGGCAGCCGCGCAGACGCAGACAACAAGGCCAUCCCAAUGGCAAAGCGCCGCUUCAACGACCUCGAGAGCAGUCUCAAGCAGCUGCAGCAGAGCGUUGACGUGCGCACCGUCGAGCUCUACGUCAACCCGCUCGUGCGUGCCGAGGUCGACCAGGCCGAGGCCGAGGGCCGCCAGCCGCGCAUGGACAGCCUGCGCAAGGACGACAACGCGAGCAUCGACGAUGCGCUGCUCAACAAGCUCUCGAGCGAGGUCAACGGCUGGGCAAAGGAGGUCCUCUCCGUCACCACGCGUGACCACGACGUCGAGGCCGGCAGCGCCUGGCAGGAGGUCAACUUCUGGCUGGCCAUGGACCGCGCCUUGGAGCACAUCGAGGCGCAGAUUGCGCGGACGGGCGUGCAGUUCACGCUCCGCAUUCUGAACAACGAGAAGCGCUACCACGCCGUCGCUGCGUUCAGCGCGACGGGCGUCAAGGAGAAGCGCAAGGUGGUCAGCAACCACGUGCUGCUGAUGCGCGACUUUCCGCUCGACGACCUCCUCUCGGCGACGGACCUGGACAUGUGCUCCGAGGCGCUCGACAACAUCUUCACGCACCUCAUCAAGAAGCUGCGCAUCAGCCCGUACCCGAUCAAGCGUGCGCUGCCGUUCGUCUCGGCCAUCUCGCGCGACCUCAAUGAGACGAUGCGCAAGAUCCUCGACUCGCACCGCCUCAUGUUCCAGGACUUUGCCCGCUUCACCGACACGGUCAAGGCCGCGCAGACCGUCUUUACGCGCUGGGACGAUCUGAUGAAGGAGUUCGUCAACACGGCGCGCGAGGUCACGCGCAAGCGCGCCGAGAAGUUCAUCCCGAUCAAGGUGACGGCGCACCACAAGGCGCUCGCUGAGCGGCUCGUGUACAUCUACAACUUCCGCUCGUCACACGACCAGCUGCGCGUCAUGGUCAGCUCUGGGCGCAGCCUGUCGGCGCCUGCGCCUCGCGUCGGACAGGCGGCCGACGGGCAGGUGCAGAAGCACACCGGGCAGGACGUGGCGGGCAUCGAGCUGGCCGAGGAGAUCGAGGCUGCGUAUGAGGCGAUCAAGACGACCGACGUGCUCGACGUCAGCCCCGAGGGAACGCAGGUGUGGUCGCAGGCCGAGGCGGCAUACAACGAGCGCGUGGCGCGCGUCGAGAACAGCCUCAUUGCCCGGCUCCGCGACCUGCUCGGCCAGGCCAAGAGCGCGCGCGAGAUGCUGCGCGUGCUGAGCCAGUUCAACAGCCUGUUUGUGCGGCCGAAAGUCCGCGGCGCCGUGCAGGAGUACCAGCAGCAGCUGCUCAACAGCGUCAAGCGCGACAUCCAGAGCCUGCACGACAAGUUCAAGGCGCAGUACCGCGCGUCGGGCGCAAAUCACAUGAGCCAGCUGCGCGACGUGCCGGAGAUUGCGGGCGCCAUCAUCUGGGCGCGGCAGAUCGAGCGCCAGCUGGACGUCUUUAUGAAGCGUGUGCAGGACGCGCUCGGCGAAGGCUGGGACUCGUACGCCGAGGGCAAGAAGCUGUCGAACGAGCGCGACACGUUCCGCCGCAAGCUCGACACGCGUCCGCUCUUCGACGCCUGGCUGCACGACAUUUCGCGGCGCGAGCUGAAGAUCAGCGGUCGCCUGUUCGACGUGACGCGCAACCGCGCCACGGACAGCUUCCAGCUCAGCGUCAACUUCGACCCGCAGGUCAUCGCGCUGUUCAAGGAGGUGCGCAACCUGACGUGGCUCGGCUUUCCGAUUCCACACGCUAUCUCGAACUUCGCCAAAGACGCGAAGCGCGUGUAUCCGUACGCCGUCAGCCUGAUGGAGACCGUGCGCACGUACACGCAGACGUGUGCGCAGGUGCGCGCGAACCCGACCGUCGCCUGCCUCCUCGCGCAGGUGCAGAACGACGUGCACGCGCAGAUCUCGCAGGGCAUGGCGCUGCGCUGGGAGAACUUUGGCACGGCCUACGACAGCCACCGCACGGCGGCGUACCUGCCCGGUGCGGUGGGAAACGAGGGCCUGGCGCGCGAGAACAAGCAGGUGCUCUUCGUGCGCCAGCUCGCGGGCAACGUCAGCCUGUUCCAGGACACGACCGACGAGCUCAUCACGAUGCAGCGCGAGGUCAACGCGGCCGUGGACGAGCUCUCCUCGUGCGCGUACACGCUCGAGGCUUUCUCGGCGCUGCUUGCGAAGAUCCAGGCGACGAUCGACCGCCUCAACCUCGAGGGCUACCCGAACCUGGACCACUGGGUGGCGGAGCUCGACUCGCGCAUCGAGGCGCUGCUCCUCGAGCGGCUGAGACUGAUCUCGGUGGCCUGGUGUGCCGCAUUCGUCCGCGAGGACGACAGUGAGGGCAAUGCUCGCGACUCGACAGCCGUCGCGCGCAAGGGCACCCGCAAUGCGCCGCAAGCCAAGGCUGCCCUUGAGCGCGACCACGUCGGCCUGACGCCCGUCACGCACGAGCUCAGGAUCCGCAACCAGGUCAUCUACCUCGACCCGCCGAUCGAGGACGCGCGUGCCAACUUCUACAAGCAGCUGCACGAUGUGCUCGCCAUCGUCUGCGGCCUGAAGCGCGUGCAGAGCUCGCGCUACGAGAUCGGCAUGCAGAUGCGCAAGACGGACGGCAGUGCCACCGAGCAGUCGUACGUCUCGCUGCUGACGCGCUUCACCGACGACACGCUCAGCCGGCCGUUCACGCUAAUCGAGCGCAAGGUUGGCGAAGUCGCGCAGUAUGUGGCCAAGUGGCUGCAGUUCCAGGCGCUCUGGGAUCUCGAGUCUGAGCACGUGUAUGCGCGCCUCGGCGACUCGCUCGAGGACUGGCAGCGCCUGCUCUCGGAGAUUCGUCGCACGCGCUCGACGUUCGACAACUCGGACACGCAGCGCAGCUUCGGCAUCGCUGUCAUCGACUACGAGCAGGUGCAGAGCAAGGUCAACGCCAAGUACGACACAUGGCAGCGCGACCUGCUCAACCGCUUCGGCACCAAGCUCGGCGCGGCGAUGCGCGAAACGCACGCCGCCAUUCGCCAGGCACGCGUCGAACUCGAGCAGCACAGCAUCGAGGCCAGCUCGACGGCGCAGACCGUGGCGUUCAUCACCUCGGUGCAGGACCUCAAGCGGCGCGUGAAGCGCUGGACGCCGCAGAUCGCCGUCUUCGGGCAGGGACAGAAGACGCUUGAGCGGCAGCGCUACCUCUUCUCGCAGGACUGGCUCUACGUCGACCAGGUCGAGGGCGAGUGGAGUGCCUUCAACGAGAUCCUUGCGCGCAAGAACGCCUCGAUCCAGGAGCAGCUCGCCGGCCUGCAGAUGAAGAUCAUCGCCGAGGACCGCAUCGUGGCCGACAAGAUUGAGCUCAUCGUCGCGGAGUGGGAGGCGCAGAAGCCGAUCCAGGGCACCAUGCGUGCCGACGCCGCGAUGAACACCAUCGGCGUGUUUGAGACGCGCGUGACGAAGCUCAGCGAGGACCGCGAUCUCGUGGUGCGCGCCAAGGAGGCGCUCGACCUCGAGCACACGGCAGACGACCGCCUGGAGCCCGUGGCAGAAGAGGUGCGCGACCUCAAGGCCGUCUGGACCGCCCUCUCCGGCACAUGGAGCCAGCUGGCCGAGCUGCGCGAAGGCAACUGGAACAACGUGCAGCCGCGCAAGCUGCGCCAGCAGCUCGACGCCAUCCUCAACCAGACCAAGGAGAUGCCGUCGCGCAUGCGCCAGUACGCCGCGUUCGAGUACGUGCAGGACCACCUGCGCACGCUGCUCAAGGCGAACCCGCUCGUCGCCGAUCUCAAGUCCGAGGCAAUGCGCGAGCGCCACUGGCGCUCGCUGUUCAAGCAGCUCAACAUCAAGUCGCACUACACGCCGAGCUCCAUGACGCUCGGCACCGUGUGGGACCUCGACCUGAAGCGCCACGACGCAACCGUCAAGAGCGUCAUCACCAUUGCGCAGGGAGAGCUCGCGCUCGAAGAGUACCUCAAGCAGGUGCGCGAGGUCUGGACGUCGUACGACCUCGAGCUCGUCAACUACCAGAACAAGUGCCGCCUCAUCCGCGGCUGGGACCCGCUCUUCACACAGGCCGGCGACCACACGUCGGCGCUGCGCUCCAUGUCCAACUCGCCGUACUUCAAGGUGUUUGAGGAGGAGGCAAACCUGUGGACGGGCCGCCUCGAGGUCAUCUCGCUGCUCUUCGAGACGGCGCGCGACGUGCAGACGAAGUGGGUCGACUGCUCCGGCAUCUUCUCGGGCGCCGGCAUCCGCCAGAUCCUGCCGAUGGAGUCGCAGCGUUUCCAGACCAUCGACACGGAGUUCCAGGCGACGAUGAAGAAGAUCGUCAAGUCGCCCUUCGUGCUCGACGUGAUCCAGCUGCCGGGCAUCCAGGCCUCGUUCGAGCGCCUGCGCGACCUGCUGGAGAAGAUGCAGAAGGCGCUCGCCGCGUUCCUCGAGAAGCAGCGCAACAUAUUCCCGCGCUUCUACUUCCUCGGCGACUCGGACCUGCUGAGCCUGCUUGGCUCGAGCAACGACAUUGCGCGCGUCACGAGUCACCUCAAGAAGAUGUUCCAGGGCGUGGCCUCGGCGACGAUCGACGAGGCGGACCAGACGCGCGUCCUGGGCGUUGUCUCGCCGCAGGGCGAGGCGGUGCUGCUCGGCACGCCGGUCGACACGAAGGGCGCAGCUGUGCACGAGUGGCUGCAGGCGCUCGAGAGCGAGCUGCGGCGCACCACUGCGCUCCGCCUUGCCGCCGCCCACGCAGAGCUGCACGAGAUCCGCGAGUCCGGCACCAUCGCCAAGCGAGCCAGCGACUGGAUUGGCGCGCAUCCCGGACAGGCCCUCGUGCUCGCGCUGCAGCUCGAGUGGACGAGCAUGGUGGAGGCCGCGCUCGACGGCGGCAACGUCGCCGAUCUGCCCUUCCCUCAGGCCUUCUUGGACGAGCUCUCGGCGCUCGUGGUGCAGGACCUCUCGCCGCUGAAGCGCAAGUCGAUCGAGAACCUCAUGAGCGAGCUCGUGCACCAGCGCAACAUCAUCCGCGAGGUCGUCGAGGCGCGCAGCACAUCGUCGGACGACUUUGCGUGGAAGAGCCAGAUGCGCUUCUACUCGGCGCCGGGCUCUGACACUGCCGUGACGGUCUCCGUGGCCAUGGCCGAUGCGACGUUCGACUACGGCUUCGAGUACCUCGGCGUGCCCGAGUCGCUCGUCUGCACCGGCCUGACCACGCGCUGCUUCCUGACGCAGACGCAGGCGCUGUCCAAGGGCUUCGGCGGCGGUGCCGUGGGUCCUGCUGGUACCGGCAAGACGGAGACGAUCCGCUUCCUCGCCACGCGUCUCGGCCUGCCGUGCUUCGUGACCUGCUGCGACGACUCCUUCGACGUCAAGGCGGUGGCGCGCGCGCUCAUCGGCUCGUUCAAGACAGGUGCCUGGUCUUGCUUCGACGAGAUGAACCGUCUCACGGAGACGACGCUCAGCAGCGUGUCGCAGGACCUGCUCGCCAUCCAGACGGCAAAGCGCGCGGGCAAGAGCGCCAUGAUCUCAGGCCAGGAGGUGGUGGUCGCGCCGAGUGCGGCCGCGUUCAUCACGCUCAACCCCGGCUACAGCGGCCGUGUAGUGCUGCCGGCCUCGCUCGUGCGGCAGUUCCGCAACAUCGUCAUGUCCUCGCCGGGCCUCACGCAAAUCGCAGAGGUCAUGCUCUUCGCUCAGGGCUUCAAGACGUCUGGGCAGCUUGCGUCGAAGAUCGUGCCGCUGUUCUCGCUCUGCGCCGAGCAGCUGAGCAAGCAGCCGCACUACGACUUCGGCCUGCGAGCGCUCAAGCAGGUGCUUGUGUCGGCCGGUCGCCUCGUGCGCGAGCAGCUCGCCAAGAGCCGCGAAGCCGGCGCAGACGCGAGUGUGGACAUCGCCGCGCAGGAGCAGGAGAUUCUUGUGCAGUCGGUCAUCGUUUCGGUCGCGCCCAAGCUCGUCGGGGAUGAUGUGACGCUGCUCACUAACCUGCUUGGCGACGUGUUCCCGGGCGUCAUGCCUGCUGCGCACGACUUUGGCGCGCUGCGGACGCACAUCGAGGCAGUCUGCGCCGAGCGGCACCUCGUCGCGGACGAGCUGUGGGUGUCGAAGUGUCUGCAGGUCUACCAGGUGUCGACGAUCUCGCACGGCCUCAUGCUUGUCGGCCCGUCAGGCAUGGGCAAGACGCAGGCGUGGCAGGUGCUGCUUGCCGCGCUGCAGCGCCACGAGGGCGUCGAGGCCGUCUCGUACGUCAUCGACCCGAAGGCCGUCUCCAAGGACGCGCUGUACGGCACACUCGACCCGACGACGCGCGAGUGGACGGACGGCCUCUUCACCAACGUGCUGCGCCGCAUCCUCGACAAUGUGCGCGGCGAGAGCGCCAAGCGCCACUGGAUCGUGUUCGACGGCGACGUCGACCCGGAGUGGGUCGAGAACCUGAACAGUGUCCUCGACGACAACAAGCUGCUCACGCUGCCAAACGGAGAGCGUCUCGACCUGCCGCCAAACGUGCGCAUCGUGUUCGAGGUCGAGCACCUACGAUACGCCACGCUCGCUACCGUGUCUCGCUGCGGCAUGAUCUGGUUCAGUGACGACAGCGUCAAGCCGUCGAUGCUGUUUGCCAACUACCUCGGCUCGCUGCGCUCCACGGAGCUCGGCAGCGACGACGACGACGCGCUCACUGCCCGUCGACUGGGCGGCGCUGCGGCAAGCGCGCUGAACGACGUCUCGCCCAACCUGCUCACGCAGCGCGUCAUUGCCGACGCCAUCGCGCCCUUCUUCGAGCGAGGGGCGCUCGUCGAGCUCGCGCUGGAGUACGCCGCCGGCGUGUUCCACAUCAUGGACUUCAUCGUGGCGCGCGCCCUCUCGACACUCUUCUCGCUCGUCAACAAGACCGCGCGCAACGUGGCCGACUACAACGCGCUGCACCCCGACUUCCCGCUCAGCGUGCAGCAGGUGCAGUCCUACGCCACGAAGCGGCUCAUCGUCGGCCUCGUCUGGGCCUUCACCGGCGACUCGAAGCUCGACGUGCGCGCGCAGAUGGGCGAGUUCCUGCGCGACAACACCGGCCUCGAGCUGCCGCCGCUCGGCAACGGCGCCUCGCUCAUCGACUACGACGUGCAGGUCAGCACGGGCGAGUGGUUUGAGUGGGCGAGCCGCGUGCCGACCGUCGAGAUCGAGACGCACGCCGUCGCCAGCGCCGAUGUCGUCAUCCCGACGAUGGACACGGUGCGCCACGAGGAGGUGCUGUACUCGUGGCUCUCCGAGCACAAGCCGCUCAUGCUGUGCGGCCCGCCGGGCUCGGGCAAGACGAUGACGCUGUUCAGCGCGCUGCGCAAGCUGCCCGACCAGGAGGUCGUCGGCCUCAACUUCUCGAGCGCCACGACGCCGGAGCUCAUCCUCAACACGUUCGAGCAGUACUGCGAGUACCGCAAGACGCCAAACGGCGUCGUGCUGUCGCCGCAGCAGAUGGGCCGCUGGAUCGUGCUCUUCUGCGACGAGAUCAACCUUCCGGCGCGCGACAACUACGGCACGCAGCGCGUCAUCUCGUUCCUGCGCCAGCUCGUCGAGUGCGGCGGCUUCUGGCGCGCCUCGGACCUGGCGUGGGUCACGCUCGAGCGCAUUCAGUUCGUCGGCGCGUGCAACCCGCCGACGGACCCGGGCCGUGUGCCGCUGAGCCACCGCUUCCUGCGCCACGCGCCGCUCGUCAUGGUCGACUAUCCCGGCGAGGUGUCGCUGAACCAGAUCUACGGCACAUUCAACCGCGCGCUGCUCAAGCUCACGCCCAACCUGCGCGGCUACGCCGAGGCCCUCACGUCGGCCAUGGUCGACUUCUUCCUCGCCUCGCAGCGCCGCUUCACGCCCGACAUUCAGGCACACUACGUGUACUCGCCGCGUGAGCUCAGCCGCUGGGUGCGCGGCCUGUACGAGCACCUCAAGCCGAUCGACGACACCGUCACGCUCGAGGGCCUCGUGCGAGUGUGGGCGCACGAGGGCCUGCGCCUCUUCCGCGACCGUCUUGUUGGCGAGGACGAGAAGGAGUGGACGGACCAGCAGCUCGAUCAGACGGCGCUGAUGCGCUUCCCGACGGUCGAGCAGAACGCGCUGCAGCGGCCCAUCAUCUACAGCAACUGGCUCACGCGCAACACGAGCUCCGUCGGGCUGGACGAGCUGCGUGCGCACACCGUCGCGCGCAUGGCGCAGUACAGCGAGGAGGAGCUGGACACGAAGCUCGUGCUGCACGACUCGGUGCUCGGCCUGGCCACGUCCGUCGACCGCGUGCUGCGCCAGCGGCAGGGCCAUCUGCUGCUCAUCGGCGCCUCGGGCAGCGGCCGCACGACGGUGACGCGCUUUGUCGCCUGGCUCGUGGGCCUGAGCGUCUUCACCAUCGCGCCGAGCCGCAAGUACGGCAUGGCCGAGUUCGACGAGGACCUGCGCACGGUGCUGCGCCGCGCGGGCACGCAGGGCGAGAAGAUCUGCUUCAUCAUCGACGAGGCGCAGAUCAAGUCGCCCGCCUUCCUGGAGCGCAUGAACACGCUGCUCGCCAACUCCGAGGUGCCGGGUCUUUUCGAGAACGACGAGUACUCGGCGCUCAUGACGGCGUGCAAGGAGGGCUCGCAGCGCGACGGCCUGAUGCUCGACUCGCCCGAGGAGCUGUACAACUGGUUCUCCUCCGAGAUCGGCAAGAACCUGCACGUCGUCUUCACGAUGAAUGUGCCCGAGUCGGGCGUGAGCUCCAAGGCCGCCGCCUCGCCAGCGCUGUUCAACCGCUGUGUGCUCCUCUUCCUGUAGAGCGCUCUGCCACUGCGCGACUGACCGAAUCUAUGCUACAUUACGUCUC